AUGCCCCCCUUCGUCUCGCGCAAGCGUGUCUCCGACGAGGAUCCGCCCGCGCCCAAACGUCAUAAUGCGACGCCCGCCGUCGCCGCUGCCACCGUACUCGACGACACCGACUCCUCCUCCAGCGACUCGUCAUUAAGCGACGUCCCUAACGACUUACAAGACACCCCAAACCCAGGUACCACCAAUGAAGAUUCAGACGAGGACAGCGAGUCCGAGGAGGAGGUCGAUUGGGAGGAUGCGUUCGAGUCCGGCACCGCCAGCGCCAGCGCCAGCGCCGGGGCCGCCACGCCACUGACACCCUCGAUCCUCGCUCCUCACCACCACCACCAACACCAGGACCUCGAAUUGACCCUCGACAAGAACGAAGUCCACCUGGCCGACAUCGUCGAGGGCAAGAAGGCUCCCUCCAAGAUCGAGCGCCAGAUCCGCAUCACCACCCACUGCCUGCACGUGCGCUUCCUGCUCUACCACAACGCUCUGCGCAACGCCUGGGCCAACGACCCGGAACUCCACGAGAUCCUCCGGCGGAAACUCCCACCUGCCCUGCACAAGGAAGUCAAGAAAUGGCGUGUCUCGUCGGGGUUGGAGCUGCCAGAGCAGAAGCCGCCGGAAAAGAAACCAACCCGCAAGGGCAAGGGCAAGGGCAAGCAAAAACAGAGUCGUCCGUCUGAGCGGGACUGGACCGAGGGCUCCGAGCGGUUGGAGGCAGGACAGCCCGACAUGAGUCGCGGGGACCCGAUCAUCCCACUGCUCAAGGUGCUGGCCGCCUAUUGGAAGAAGCAGUUCACGAUCACGGCGCCGGGCCUCCGCAAGCAGGGGUACCGACCGAUGGCGCAGCUGGAAGCGCAGAUCGCCUCCCUCCGGAAAGACGAGCACGAUCCCGCCGUCCACGGGGAGCGGAUCGCGGACCUCGACGAGUUCCGCCAGGCGGCCGAGCGCAUGCAGGGCUCGCGCGAUCUGGGCGCGCAGCUCUUCACGGCGCUGCUCCGCGCCCUCGGCAUCGAAGCCCGACUGGUGGCCAGCUUGCAACCGCUGGGGUUUGGUUGGACCAAAGCCGAGACCUACACCCCCAAGCAGCAACCGACCAAGCCCGCCGACACCGAGCCGACGACCGACGCAUCGACUGCAGCGGCCGAGACGGACGAGGUCGUCGGCCUCGAAUCCGACAGCAGCAGCGACGCCGAGACCAAACCGCCAUCGCGCAGCAGCAACAGCAACCGCAACAGCAAGAACCCCAAGGGAUACGACAAAGACCUCCCAUUUCCGAUCUACUGGACCGAAGCGGCCUCGCCGAUCACGCACGAGAUCAUCCCGGUCGACGCGCUCGUCCUCCCCAACGCCGUGGCCACCACUCCAGAGCUACAAGCGGCCUUCGAACCGCGGGGCGCCAAAGCUGAGAAGGCCAAACAAGUGAUCAGCUACGUGAUCGCGUAUUCCUCCGACAAGACGGCCAAAGACGUGACGACGCGGUACCUCCGACGACGGACCUGGCCCGGCAAAACCAAAGGCUUCCGCAUCCCCGUUGAGAAGAUCACCAUCCAGCCGCAAAACAAAAACAAACGCAGCCGCGCCGCAGCCCCAACCGUAAUCACCUACGACUGGUCGCGCGUCGUCCUGCGCAUCUAUGAACGCUCCCCGAAGCACGAGACAGCCCUCGACACCCUAGAAAACAGCACCACGCUCCUCCCCAACCAACCCGAACGCAAAAACCCCACCACUAGUGACAAACCCGCCGACACCCUCCAAAGCCUCCGCACCUCCCCCGAAUUCGUGUUAGAGCGCUUCCUCCGCCGCGAAGAAGCCCUCCAACCGGGCGCCCAACACAUCCGCACCUUCACGUCGGGCAAAGGCCCCAAAGCCAAAACGGAACUCGUCUACCGCCGCGCCGACGUCGUGAAAUGCCAAUCCGCGGAGAGCUGGCACAAGGAAGGCCGGCAGAUCCUACCGGGCCAAGCCCCCCUGAAACACGUGCCCAUCCGCGCCGUCACCCUGCUCCGCAAGCGCGAGGUGGACGAGUACGAGCGCGAGACCGGCCAGAAGCCCAAGCAGGGCCUGUACGCCAAGUACCAGACGGAGUAUAUCAUCCCCCCGCCCAUCGUCGACGGCGUCAUCCCCAAGAACGACUACGGGAAUAUCGACUGCUUCGUCCCGAGCAUGGUGCCCCGGGGCGCGUGUCAUGUCCCCUGGCCGGGGACGGUGCGCAUCUGCAAGAAGUUGGGCAUCGAUUACGCGGAGGCCGUUACGGGGUUCGAGUUCGGGUCCAAGAUGGCGGUCCCCGUGAUUCAGGGGGUGGUGGUCGCGGUGGAGAAUGAGGACCUCGUUAAGGAUGCGUGGCGCGUAGAGGAGGCGGAGAAACGGAAGAAGGAGGCCCGCAAGGCGGAGGCGAGGAUCUUGCAGACCUGGCGCAAGUUUUUGUUUGGGUUGCGAAUUGCCCAGCGCGUGCGGGAGGAGUAUGGGGGUGGGGAUGAGGGCGAGGAGGGCGAUCUGGAGAGGGAGGAGAGGAAUCCGUUCACGAGGCAGGUGGUGGGGGCUGCUGCGGGGGGGGCGGAUGAGGGGGGUCUUGGGAGUGUCGGGGGGACGACACCGGGGUUUGAAGCUGGUGAUGGUGGCGGGUUCUUACUCCCCGGCGAGGACGACGAGGCAGAUCGCGGCGGAGGCUUCCUUCUCCCUGGCGAGGGCGAAGGCGACUCGUCAGACCGAGGCGGAGGCUUCCUCCUUCCCGACCAAGAAGGCGAAGUCGACGACGAAGACGACAACGACGACAACGACAACGAAAAGCUGAUCAUCGUCCAUCAACGUCGCAAACGGGCUACCCCGCCUCUAGCUGUCGCUGCUGAUACUGAUGGUGACGACGACGAUAGACCCGCGACUGCUCCCAGCGAUAGCGACGAGGAGAUGACCGGGACCGGCGCCGGCGCUGGCUCCGGUAAAUCCCAAGCAGACGCCAUCUCGCUCAGCUCUUCCAGCUCCGACGAGGAACUGUCCCCUCCUCCGGACGAGAUUCCCGACUCGGAAGACGACGAUGACGAGUUUGUUGCCGAGUAUAAACCGCCGCCGACACGCAGACGCACGCGUGGUGGGGGUAGAGGCAGAGGUAGAGGCAGAGGUAGAGCGAGAGGGAAAUGAUGGCCUGCCUGCUUGCUUGCUUACAGCCCAGGCGCUUUUGGUAUAUCUUUUGAUCAGUGGCGUUGGUGGAUUGGAACCCUGAAUCGGAUCAUGGAGAAUAGACAGGUGGUGUAUGGUGUACACUGGCCGGAAGUGAAAUACGAAACAUGUAUU